CCCCUCCCUCCCUCAGUAUUCGCAGCAUCACCCUUUACACUGCACAUUCAUAUUUGGUCCUCCGGAAAUAUCCACAGCUCGGAAAUAUAAAUAGGUAUGCCCCAAAAUGGAUUCUCAGCUGGCUACAGUCCUGACCAGUGGCAGCUUGGAUGUCCAAAAUGGCAGCCAACAUGCAGAAGGAUCAGGGCCAGUGAAAGAGGUUUUUGUGGACCCAAAGAAAAAAAGCUUAUCCAGUGCUCCACCAGGUAACCUCCAGCCAUGCCCUCUGAAAGCAGCGACCUCAAGGCAAGAUGCUCUAUCAAUCAAUGGGGAAAUGCCAGAGGUGGGCGGGACAUCUAAGCCAGCCUCUCAGGAAAAGAGUGAGAUUGGUGGAUUCAAACAGCCAAUUACAGUUAAGACUGGAGUGCCUGUUUUGCGCAGCCAACCAAUCAGAAUCAAAAUUGUUGUUCCUCCAAGGUGCAAAAGGCCAAUCACAAACUCUACCAUCAGCCUGACCAAAGACUUUUCUCACUCUCGUUUUACAAGACCAGUUUUAGUCUCAAGCGGGACAAUAAAAACAGAAAAAAAUACAAGUAAAAUCACAAUAGCCCCAUUUUCAUCCGCCAUGAAGACCGAGAAGGAGAAAGAGACAAAGGCAGUUGCAAUUUCAAAGACGGAAGAGCCCAAAGUAGAAUCAUUCCAUCGGUUGGAGGAAAAGGAGAAUGGGAAAACGUGUGAGGAAAGAGAUGAUAUAGAUGCUAAUAUCAAACAUGCUGUUGUUCCAGAAACGCCUUUUGUCGCCAGCACUGAUGUAACUCACGCACAGUGCCAACAAGGGAUCAAAGAGGAAAGGGCAGACACAAAGCUUACUCUAAUUUCACAAACCAUGGAUUUGAAAGCUUGUACAAGUAAAGAGCUGGAAGUGAUAGGAAUGGAGGAACAGACAGAACCUCUGGACCUGAGUUUGCCCAAGAAAAGAGAAAUUAAAGAGAGGAGGUACGGGCGCUUUCUGGAUGACUCCGGCUGCGAGAGCUCACUGAUUAUGGAGGUAGAUGAGUUUGAGGGAGAAGGAGACCGAGAUGUAGUAGAGGAAGAUGAUGGUGAUAUUGAAGUAGAGGACUCUGAAUUCCAUAUGGGUGGUAAAGAUGCAUUCGGAAAUUCUCUCCUGUCUCCCUCUUUCUUCUCUACCUCUGUGUUUUCCUCCCUCUCUUCAAUAGAGUGUGACACUGAAAACCUGCUUCUCAUAGAUGACCAGGGAAUCCCAUACACUCUCAGUCCAGACGGACACAAAGUGCCCCAAGUGGAAGCUUCCAUGUCAGAGGACCCUCCCUCAGAUCAGCCCGUGGUUCAGCCUGAGACGGAGAGAAAAGUGUCAUCACAAUUGGCCACGUUAGCAGGUCCUAACCUCAGCCAAAGUUCAGAUAAUGCACUGCACACGCUAAAUGCACCUUCUGGCGAUCUGUAUCCCUCACCAGCCUCCGCCACCCGUUCGCCGUCACUAGAUGUUGAACAGUCCAAGGCUGCAGAACUCUUCACAAGCGCACAAUUGGUGAAGGGCUCGGAGCCCUCCAAGGCCCUGGAGCCAUGCAUUAAAGUCGUUCACGAGGCGACUGCUGCUCCGUCCCAGCCCUCUGGGAUAUCGCUCCCCAACCAACCCAUUCAGAUCCUCACAAACCCCACCACCAACACCCCCAUCCUCCUUCUGUCCUCCUCUUCCUCUCCCCAGCUUUCCUCUGCUCCUGUGGGUCUGCCGCUUCCCCUUUCUGUCGCUCAGAGCUCACCUGGCGCCUCCACCCCUAUGCUCCUCCUCCUCUCCUCUGUCCCCUCUUCCUCUGGUGAGUCUGCCACUACCUCCACCCCCAUCGCUGUCCUUGACCCCUCUACUGGUCAGUUGUCCCAGAUCACAGCAUCCUCAGCCCCCAUCUCGCUUCCUUUGCCCUCUGGUCAGGUCAGCACACUGGGGUCAUCUCUGUCCACCAUCUCUCAUCCUGUCAUCAGACUGAGCCCCAAUAACCCCCCUGUUGUCCUCUCAGGAGUCACUAACAACAUAAACUCCGCCCCUAUUCUCACCUCUGUCUCUGUCUCCUCGUCCGCCCCCGCUCUCCAGACAAACAAUCUUAUUUCUACCGUUCACAGCACGACUCCCCUCACUCACACCCAAACAAACUCCUCCGAUUCAAACUCUGGAAUUGAAGCCAUAUCCACAGAAGAAGUCUCAACUGAAAAUAACAAGCCAUCGACUUCCACAACAGCAUCAUCAUCUUCUCCGCACCCACAGUCUGCUAGUUUGACCUUUGACCUCGGUCAGCCCAGCUCAGAGGCAGAAGACCAGUCUUCAGCCUUGGAGCCCAAGUUUGACCCUUCUGACAUGCCGUCAGAACAUGUACCACUGGAGGACCAUCUGUACUUCUCUAACACUGCGGCGCCUCCUUCCCCUCCUAUUGGACCCAUCCUCCCCUCCGGCCAGUUGGACUCCCUUGACCCGCUGGAUCCCCUCUCUCCAGCCACGUCUCCCGGCUCCCUAGGCCCCCGCAGGGUGCUGUACUGCCAGCUGUGUCCACGGGUCUUCUUUUACCUCUCAGACCUUGAGCGCCACGCCAUCACCCACUCUCAGAAGAAGCCUCACGUCUGCCAGCAGUGUGGCAAAGCCUUCAAACGCUCCAGCCAUCUGCAGAGACACAAGCACAUCCACACAGGCCAGAGGAAUUACGUGUGCCCCAUAUGUGCCAAGCGCUUCAGGGAGGCGGGCGAGCUCCAGCGCCACCAACGGGUGCACACUGGAGAGAAGCCCUACCAGUGCCAACUCUGCCACACACGCUUUGCGGAGCGGAACACGCUACGCCGGCACACCAAGCGGAAACACCCCUACCACCAAGUGGCCAUGGAGAUGCUGAGUGAAAGAAGAGGCGGAGGAGGAGCUGAGAGGCAGAAACAGAAGAGUCCGUUCAUCCUGGUGGAGUGA